AUGGAUGAUAGAGAUUAUUAUCUGAGUGAAGAAAGUGUAAUUAGAUCACCAUUUGAAGAAGAAGAAGAAAAGUUGAAAUCAAUCUCACAAAUAUAUUAUGAUCAACAUAUUUUAACUCCAAAACAAAGAAACUUCAAGUAUGAAUCAUCGAUAAAUUAUUGUUCCAAAGAUUCUUCAGAUUUAGAAUCACAACCUGAAAUAGUUAAUGAAUCAAGAUUAUUUUCAAGAUUGUUUUCAAAAAAAGUUGAUCCAAUACCUACGUAUGAAGAAAGAAUAGAAUACCCAUGGAAAAAAUCAAACCUUUUCAAACGAAUGGGAUUUUGGUGGUUAUGGGUAAUUUUGAAGAAAGGUUAUAAAAGAACAUUAUAUCCUGAAGAUUUAUUUAAAUUAUCUAAAGAUUUAACGAUUGAAGAAUUGUACAAAAAAUGGGAAGAUAAUCUAAAUAGAAUUAUAAUAAAUCAACAAAAAAAAUAUCAUUCAAAACAUGGUAAUUUAGAUGACUUUGAAUGGUCAAGCUGGUUUAUUCCAUUUGCAUUAUUUAAAACUUUCAAAUCUGAGUAUAUCCUAAGUGCUAUCUGUUUAGCUUGUGCAUUUACAGUUACUGCGCUCUCACCAUUAUUAACUAAGGAGAUUAUUGAUUUUGUUGAAUUUAAAUAUUUUGGAAUUUAUACAACAUACAAUAGAGGUAUUGGUUUUGUUAUUGCAUCAGUGUUUUUAAUUUCCAUUAAUGGGUUAUUAUUAAAUCAUUUUUUUCACAAUUCAAUGAUUUGUGGUGCUAUUUCAAAAGGUAUACUCACUAAAGCAUUGUUUUUGAAAAGUUUCAAUUUAUCAAGUGAAACCAAAUCUAAAUUUCCAAUUGGCAAAGUUACAAGUAUAAUGUCAACGGAUUUAACAAGAAUUGAUUUGGCAAUUGGGUUUUCACCAUUAAUUUUUUGUUUUCCAAUCCCCGUUAUCAUUUCAAUUGUUAUUUUGAUCGUUAAUUUAGGUGCUCCUGCAUUGACUGGUAUUGGUUUAUUUAUAGUUUCAUUAAUUAUUUGUGUAUUAGCAACAAAGAAGUUAUUUACAACAAGAGAUAAAUUAGUGAAAUUUACCGAUACAAGAAUAUCAUUAAUGAGGGAAAUUUUGCAAAACUUGAAAAUUAUAAAAUUUUAUUCUUGGGAACUUGCUUAUAAAUUGAAAAUCUCUAAAGCUAGAGAGUCAGAAAUGGGAUACUUAUUUACAAUUAAAGUCUUAAGAAAUUUCAUCACUGCUUAUGCUGUUACAUUACCUGUUUUAACUUCAAUGAUUUCAUUUAUAACAUUAUGGAAAACAAAUUCAAUGGGUGCACCAGGUAAAGUGUUUAGUAGUUUAAGUCUAUAUUCAAUUUUAGCACAAGCUAUUAUGUUAUUACCUAUUGCUUUAGCUUCUGGUGUUGAUGCAUUGAUUGGUAUUACAAGAUGUACUGAAUAUAUUUCAUCAACAGAAUAUACACAAGAGUUACAUGAAAAUUUGAAAAGUUACGAUAAUCAAUUUUGGAUAGGUUAUGAACCAGAAUAUGCUUUGAAAGUUACAAAUGGAAAUUUCAACUGGAGUAAUGAUUCAAAUACCCAAGUCGACUCUUCAUCAGUUGAUACAUUAACUUCAUCAAAUUCAAAUGAAUUUACAGGUUUACAUAAUAUAAAUUUAGCUGUAAGAAAUGGUGAAUUUGUUAUUAUUACAGGUUUGAUAGGUUCUGGUAAAUCAUCAUUAUUGCAAGCAUUAUCAGGAAAUGCAAGAAAUCUGGAAUCAAUCAAAAUAUAUAAAAAAUUAUUAUCAUGUUGUGAAAUUUGGGUUCAAAAUGCAACUAUCAAAGAAAAUGUCUUAUUUGGUCAAGAAUAUGAUGAAGAAAAAUAUAAAAAAGUGAUACAUGCUUGUGCAUUAGAGGAUGAUUUACAAAAUUUUACAGCUGGUGAUGAAACAGAAAUUGGUGAACGAGGUAUUACUUUAAGUGGUGGACAAAAAGCAAGAAUCAAUUUAGCAAGGGCAGUUUAUAAAGAUUCCGACAUCUAUUUAUUUGAUGAUGUUAUAAGUGCCGUUGAUUCAAGAGUUGGUAAACACAUAAUUGAAAAUUUAUUCAAAAAGUACUUGAAAGGGAAAACUAUAAUUUUAGCUACACAUCAAUUAAGUAUUUUAAAGUAUGCAGAUCAACUCGUGUUUAUUAAUAAGUGCGGUACUAUAGAUACUGGCUCAAUAUCUACGUUAUCAGGUAAUCCAGAAUUUAAAGAAUUAAUGGACCACAAUGAAAAUUCAAAUGAAGAAAUAAAUCAAGAGGAGGUAUAUGAUUCAUCAGAUUUAGAAACGUCCUUAAAUAAUGGUAAAUUAAUUAUAGAUGAGGAAAGAUCAAUUAAUGCUAUCUCUUGGAAAAUCUAUAAAAAGUAUAUUGAAUUGGGAUCUGGUAUAUUUGGUAAAUUUUCAAUUCCUUUAUUGUUUGUAAUAAUCAUAAUUGCUACAUUCUUUCAAGUUUUUACAAAUACAUGGUUAUCAUUUUGGGUAGAAAGAAAGUUUUCAAACAUGUCGGAUAACGUAUAUGUUUCUAUUUAUGUAAUACUUUCAUUUUUAACUGUUAUAUUCACUGGAGUUGAAUUUUCAAUGUUAGCAUAUAUGCAAAACUGUUCAGCAAAGACAUUAAAUGUUAAAGCAGUUGCUAAAAUUUUACAUGCUCCAAUGUCAUUCAUGGAUCAAACACCAAUUGGUAGAGUUUUAAAUAGAUUUACGAAGGAUACGGAUUCUUUGGAUAAUGAAAUUGGAGAACAAAUGAGAUUAUUCAUAUUUCCGUUAGCUUUGAUUAUUGGUAUAUUGAUUUUAUGUAUUUGUUAUUUACCUUGGUUUGCAAUUGCAAUUCCAUUUUUAGGGUUUGGUUUUGUAUUUUUAGGUAACUUUUAUACUGCAUCAAGUAGAGAGAUUAAACGAUUAGAAGCAAUUGCAAGAUCACUGGUUUAUCAAAAUUUUAAUGAAACUUUAACUGGUAUGACAACAAUUAAAAAUUUUAAUAAUCAAUACAAUUUUAUUUCCAAAAUGAAUCGUAAUAUAAAUAAAAUGAAUGAAGCUUAUUUUUUAUCAAUUGCAACUCAAAGAUGGUUAUGUGUUCAUUUAGAUUUUAUAAAUGCUUCAUUUGCAUUGAUUAUUUCAAUUAUGUGUGUUACAGGUCAAUUUAAUAUAAGUGCAAGUUCAACUGGAUUAUUAUUAAAUUAUGUUAUUCAAUUAGUAGGGUUAUUAUCAUUAAGUGUUAGAGCAAUGACUGCUGUUGAGACAGAAAUGAACUCUGUUGAAAGAUUAUACGAAUAUGCGUUUAAAUUACCACAAGAAUCUCCUUAUGUGAUUGAAGAAAUGAAACCUCAAGAAGAUUGGCCAUCAUCUGGAUAUAUUCAAUUUCAAAAUGUCAAUCUUAAAUAUCGUGAUAAUUUACCUUAUGUUCUUAAAAAUUUAAAUUUUUCAAUUUAUCCUGGUGAAAAAAUUGGUAUUUGUGGUAGAACAGGUGCUGGAAAGUCAUCGAUUAUGACUGCAUUAUACAGGUUAGUUGAAUUUCAAGGUAAGAUUGAAAUUGAUGGUGUUGAUAUUUCGAAAUUGGGUUUGAAUGAUUUACGAUCAAAAUUAUCAAUUAUUCCACAAGAUCCAAUUUUAUUUCUAGGUACAAUUAGAAAAAAUUUAGAUCCGUUUGACGAAUAUGAUGAUUUGAAAUUAGCAAAUUCAUUGAAGAUUGCUGGAUUAAUUGAAGAAGAUAUUGAUGAAUAUUUAUCAAAUUUAUCUCAUAAAUUUCAUUUAGAUAAAUUAGUAGAAGAUGAAGGUUUAAAUUUUUCAUUAGGAGAGAAGCAAUUGAUUGCAUUAUCAAGAGCAUUAAUUAAACAAUCUAAGGUUUUGAUUCUUGAUGAAGCUACAAGUUCUGUUGAUUUCAUAACUGAUUUGAAAAUACAAAAUACAAUCAAUAAAGAAUUUAAAAAUUGUACAAUUUUAUGUAUUGCUCAUAGAUUAAAAACAAUCGUGAAUUAUGAUAGAAUAUUUGUAAUGGAUAAAGGUGAAGUUAUUGAAAAGGGUAAACCAAUAAAUUUAUUUAAUGAGAACGGAGUUUUUAAAUCAAUGUGUGAUAAAGCUAAUUUAUCGAUUAAUGAUUUUAGUUAA